UAUGUGUAAAUAUUUUGAGAUUAAAAAAUGUUACUGAUUUAUCCAUAGGUUGUGAUUAUCACGUGUGAUCCCAUUAUUUAAAAAACUUUGGAUUAAAUUUAUUUUAUAGCUGUAUGUAUAAUACAAUUUCUACAAUUUUUAAGAAAAAACAAUUUAUAGGACAUUUUGCAACUAAACUACUGGAUUUCUUGAUAACUCCUUGACUACAAUUCUCUUAUCUUAUUACAUAAAAUAAACCUUUGUACUCUGAAGUCUUUAUAAAAACAUGACGUUAACUCAAGAACGAAAUCCAGGCUGUGAAUUGGAUUUGGGUUGGGUAAACAGCAUAAAUGUAAACCUAAGAGCAACAAAUGAAUUAGCUAAGAACAUAGUUGCAUCCAGAGAACUAAAGGGUGAAUACAGAGCAGCAUGGAUUCUAAAAGCAAUAACUUUAAUAGAUCUUACUACCUUAGGAGGAGAUGACACAAAGAGCAAUGUUACUAGACUCUGUUUUAAGGCAGCAAGACCAGUAGCUGAAGAUAUUCUGAAUGAAUUAGGAUUUGAGUACAAUGAGGAAUCCCCCAUUCAUACUGCAGCAGUUUGUGUUUAUCCAUCAAGAGUUGCGGAUGCUGUUAAAGCAUUAGGUGAUAUGGGAAUGCUCAGUAAGAUUAAUGUUGCUGCAGUUGCUACAGGGUUCCCAAGUGGCCAAUAUCCAAUAAACACAAGAUUGGACGAGAUUAAAUAUGCAGUCAAAAAUGGUGCAAAAGAAAUAGAUAUUGUCAUUGAUCGAAGUUUGGUAUUGACUGGGAAAUGGCAAGAACUCUACCAAGAAAUUCAAGUUAUGAAAGAAGCUUGUGGACCCGAUGCUCAUCUAAAAGCUAUUCUGGCAACAGGAGAGUUAGGAACUCUUGAUAACAUUUACAAGGCUUCUUUAGUAGCAAUGAUGGCUGGAUCAGAUUUUAUAAAAACAUCCACUGGAAAAGAAGCUGUAAAUGCCACUUUACCUGUUGGUUUGAUAAUGGCAAGAGCUAUCAAGGAUUAUUUUGAUAGGAUGGGCUAUAAGGUUGGUUUGAAACCCGCUGGUGGUGUUCGAACUGCCUCCGAUGCAAUAAAUUGGUUAGUUCUUAUAAAAGAAACCUUAGGAAAUGACUGGCUGAACAGCGAAUUAUUCCGUUUUGGCGCAUCUGGUUUAUUGGGAGAUUUGGAAUGUAGCUUAUAUCAGUACGUAACUGGAAAGACUCCUGCCGGUUACGAGUUUAUGAUGGGAUAGUUUAAAGUGUACAUAAAAUUAUAUUUGUCUAAAAUUUGUUCUUUAUACAAUAAUGCUGUAAAUAGUUUUACUUCCAUUGAAUU